GUUUGUACAUUGGUUUACGGUAGAUUUUCUACUAUAAAAAAAUCAGAACAAAGUAAUGUUUUUGUUUGGUAAGGAAAUAAAAGCAGUCAAACAAUUUACAUUAAAACCAUGUGAUUUUAGAUGCGGUUAGAUGCUGUCAAAAUUGUUUUUCUUUUUCUAAUAAAGUGAGUUGUGUCAUUACCGGACUGGCUGUGCAGAUUCUAUAGAAUUUUGCUCAACAAAACAAACGAAAUGAAGGAGUAAUUUCAGCACCAAAUACUACAAACUAUUUCUAGUCUUAUUUUAUCCACGUUGAAAAAAAUGUCGUUUGCAGUAAAAAAGUUGUUAUGGAACUAUCGAAUAUUGCAGUUAGCAAACAAAUGUGUACAAUACUCGAUAAACCCUCGGCUUCAUAGAAUUGCAUCACAACGUUAUGGUGCCGACAGAGAAGGUUUGUGGAUCCAACGAGCAUUAAGCUCCACAGCCGGUGCUGGUAAAGAUUCGACAAAAGAAGAACAUUGCAAUGUUGGAACGAUCGGGCAUGUGGAUCAUGGCAAAACGACGCUCACGGCCGCGAUCACUAAAGUGCUGUCGAAGGAUGGGCAUACUAAUUUCGUUUCCUAUGACCAGAUUGAUCGAGCACCAGAGGAGAAAGCUAGAGGGAUAACGAUUAACGCAGCACAUAUCGGGUACAAGACGAACAAACGACACUAUGCACACACGGACUGUCCAGGACAUGCAGAUUACGUGAAAAACAUGAUCUCCGGAGCUUCACAGAUGGACGGUGCGAUAUUGGUUGUGGCGGCCACUGAUGGUCAAAUGCCACAAACACGAGAGCAUCUACUGUUGGCUCGCCAGGUUGGCGUUAGUAAAAUCGUGGUGUUCAUCAACAAAGCUGACCAGGUUGACAACGAAGUGCUCGAAUUGGUAGAAAUAGAACUACGCGAGCUGUUGAGCGAUUUUGGAUUCGAUGGUGUUGAGAGUCCCGUAAUAAUUGGUUCAGCGUUGCUAGCUCUCCAAGGCGAUCAGACAGAGCUGGGCGAACCUUCAAUACGCAGGCUUUUGGACGCAAUAGAUUCCUACAUUCCCACGCCAACAAGGGAUAUAACUUCGCCGUUUUUGCUACCAAUCGAUAACGCAUUUACCGUACCCGGCCGUGGGACGGUGGUUGUGGGUACACUGGCUCGUGGUAUGAUGCGGAAAAACGAUGAAGCUGAGUUGUUGGGAUUUGACGAAGAAAUACACACCACCAUCGGAGGGAUGCAAGUAUUCAGGAAGGACGUUAAUGAAGCAAAAGCUGGCGAUAACAUCGGUACCCUGUUACGGAGUGUUAAGCUACAUUCCGUUCAACGCGGCAUGUUGCUUUGUGCAGCAGGGAGCGAACGCGUUUCGAACCACUUUGAAGCAUCCAUGUAUUUGCUAGCGAAAAACGAAGGGGGCCGAUCGAAACCGCUAACGUCAAAAUACAUUCAGCAGCUGUUCAGUAAAACGUGGAACGUACCGUGCAGGGUGGACUUGGUUGGGCUGGAUAUGCUGAUGCCGGGUGAUCAUGGUGCUAUCAAGCUGACGUUACUGAGGAAAAUGGUGAUGUCCUGCGGACAAUCGUUUACUGUGCGAGAAAAUGGUAAAACCGUGGCGACUGGUUUGGUAACCAAAGUGCUUCAACCGGUCAAUUUACCGCAGCGAAAACUGAUCAAGUUGGAGCUGGAUAACUGUUAAUAUUUGAGUAUGCUAGCGAAAGUGAAACACAGUUAAUAAAAAGUAAUGCCUUUACAAAUGUUUUAUUAUUCGAAAA